AUGCAGUCUCUUCAAAAAACUCCUUCAUCUAAACCAUUUAAACAGAGAAAAAGUUUGGCAACAAGAAAAGAAGAUGUGCUUAGAAUCAAAGCAAAGUUUCCAACAAAAAUUCCGGUGAUUGUUGAAAGAUACAGCAGGGAAAAAUAUCUACCACUUUUGGACAAAACAAAAUUUCUUGUUCCCCAAGAUCUUUCCAUGACACAAUUCAUAAAUAUUAUUAGAAAUCGUAUGAACUUAUCUGCCACACAAGCGUUUUACCUUCUGGUAGAUAACCGGAAUUUACCCAGCAUGUCCAUUACUAUAUCUGAACUGUACAGGGAUCAUAAAGAUGAAGAUGGAUUUUUAUAUAUGACCUAUGCAUCUCAGGAGAUGUUCGGCUAA